CUUAAUAUUUCUUCCUUUCAGUUUCCGCCAUGACUUCGCCGCGCCCCCCAACGAACUCGAACCCCUUGUCGUCGUCCACCGCCGCGAUGGCGCGCGUCGACACCCAGACAACCGUCCUUGACACUGCCCAUGGUCGGAUUCUCUGCAUUGCAGACAUUCGGGGCCGUCUUUCGGCCCUCAAUGACCUUGCUCGCGAGAAUCAGGCCAUUGCCAUCAUUCACACCGGCGACUUUGGUUUCUUCGAGGCCACAAGUCUCGACAGAAUCAACGAUAGGACGUUGCGGCAUCUUACUACCUACUCCCCUUUGAUUCCCGCUCCCCAGCGUAGCCACUUAACCAACAAUAACAACCCAUCAUCUCUUCUCCGUUCGACAGUUACCGUGUCACUCCUCUCGGAAUUCCCUCUUCUUCUUGCCGGUCAAAUACAGCUCUCCGUUCCAGUAUAUACCACCUGGGGCGCAUGUGAGGACGUGCUUGUACUCGAAAAGAUACGUCUUGGCACCUAUUCCGUCCCCAAUUUGCAUGUACUUGACGAGGCCACCACCCGUUGCAUCGAUGUCGGUGGCGUCAAGUUACGUCUUCUUGCACUUGGCGGUGCUCUUGUGCCGCACAAAAUGUUUGAUAAUGGAGAAGGAAAUGCUACUAUUGCAGGUGGACAGGGUACAAUGUGGACAACAGCUUUGCAAAUCGGACAGCUUGUUGACACAGCUCAGCGCGUCUUUGACCCGACAGAAACUCGUCUGCUUGUUUCUCACGCGAGUCCUGGACGUGAAGGUAUCCUCGCUCAGCUGGCGCUCGUUCUCAGGGCAGAUCUGACCAUCUCUGCCGGAUUGCACUUCCGUUACGCCACUUCCUACAAUGAGUUCAGCAUCCAGCCAGACUUUGAAGCUUUCCGGAGCAAGCUAACAAGUGGCAAGGAGCAGUUCGACAAGGUCUGGGAGAAUGUCAAGACACAGGUUGACGCUGUCAUCGAUGUCAACCAACGUGUUCUUCUGGAUAAGGCCCUUAGCGUCGCGGAGAAGAUCCCGCUCCCACUCCAGGCCACUGAAGAGGCCGCCUGGAAGAAUUGUUGGAAUUGGAAUUUGUGCGAUGCCGCAUACGGUGCCUUGAUCCUGGACAUCAAGGACGGCCGGGUCAGUGCAGAGUUGAAGAGUCAAGGCUUCAACUAUGCAUAUAGACGCGUUGCGCCUACGCCUACGUCUGCGGUAUCUUCUCUCCCUCACCCCAACCCUGUCAGCAGCCAGCCGCCAACGAAAGCAGCGACCCCUGUCCCGCCUGCGAAUAAGUCCACUCCACCUCCGCCUCAACCCCAGUCUCAAGCCAAAAGCGAGGUUGAGCUGGCAACGGCAACGGCAGCGAGUCCAGUGGCUGAUUCAAAACCUGACAAAAAGAAGAAGGAGAAACGGGAACGAAAAGACAAAGAAAAAGAAAGAGACAAGUCUUCAGCUGCAUCUCCUGUUCCGGCAUCCCCUGCACCACCACCACCGAAAAUGGCGUCUCCGGCUCCUCCAAAACCUUCAACACCUGCACCGAACGACGAUAUCAUCAAGUCUCCGGCAACAGAAUCCUCGGGUGCUCGCACACCACAACGAAACAAGCCUCAACGCAACCCUUGGACAAUAUUUAUGCGCUUGACCAUACCUGCUACUGACGCCGAAGUGAGAGACUUCUUUGGUGAUGCCAAAGACGGUAUCACUCGCAUAACGUUCCCAGUGGGCAAGUUCAAUAACAGGAUGCAAAAGAUUGCCUACAUCGAAUUUGGGGACGAAGAUGCUAUGAAGGCCGGCUUGGAGAAGCAUGCGGAGAAACUGAAGGAUACCGUACCUGAGGUCAAGCAGGCAACGGACAAAGAGACGCGCCAGAGCGAAAGCGCAUCUCAUCGGGGACGGGGAAGCGGAGGACGAGGCAGAGGUGGAGGCUUUGCGGCCCGAGGUUUUGCUGCUGCCGGGCUGACCAGACGCGACAGUGAGAAGAAGCCGGAGGAUAAGGCGGAGUAAGGGUCACCCCAUUUAUUAUUUGUUUAUUUCGUCGGAUGCUCUCGUUCUACUGUAUUUGCUUGGUGCCAUCGUAUAAUAUGUCUCCUCCUCCUUCUAUCUCCAUACUGUUCUUUGGAUUCGCUUGAUACCUGGUUUCAUAUGUUUUCUUCGGCUACCAUCAUCCCCUACGUACAGUAAGUAGUUUUUUUUUUUUUGAUGUUGUCGUUUCUUUGCAUGCUAAGGUAUGGUGUUAUGCAACGUGGAACUUUGCUGUGGACGCUCAAAAAA